AUGCCACCGCAUUUGCUUACAGCAUGCAAAGAAUUUAUAGAUGCGCUCAAUGCAUGCCAUGCUGAUGGUUGGAAGAAGUGGACAGGUGGAUGCAAUGGUGUUAAGCAUAAUAUGAACAUGUGCUUCAGACAGGAGCGUGUUGAUCGUUCCGCCAAAAACCGAGAGCAGGCGAAGAUCAAACGACAGAAAGUCGAGCAAGUCUGGAAGGAUCUGAACGAGGAGCAGUAG